UGAAGAUUCACCGCCUAGAACACAAGAAAGAAGAACUCGAGGAGUCCCAGUCCGGACCAAGUUCCGUUCGUCGCGCAUCGAUUCACGGAUUCGUAUUGAACUUGAUCUCAUUCCUCGUAGCCCAAUUAGCUCGCAUAUAGAUCCGCCCAUGAUGUCGCGUGGGGUGGCUUUUGCCCGGAGCCUGCGCAGUGACAAGCGGCGAAGCGCAGCUUUCUGGGGGUUGGAGGAAAGACAGAAGCAGAAGAGGCAGCCCCGUGAACCCGUGGCGACGCGUCGGGUAGGCACGUCGCGACCCCCGACGCCUAAACAUCCACGACCAUGAGACCGUCGGGCGCCGGCUACGGGCCACCGAGUUUCAACGUUCACGUUCACGUCUCGUCCAGUGAUUCUCCCCGUCUAAUCGCCGUCUAAUCCGAUCCGUAACCCAUCCGAAAUUAAUCCUCCGCGCAAAAAUCUUCCGAGCCGAAAACCGUGAUCGCCGUUUCGUGGACCGAGGGGUGGAAGCAAAGGCGCGGGGACACGGAAUCUGGAGCACGAACAGGUGGUGCGGUAACGGGCCAGCGCUGGGGGAGAGAUAUAUCUGGAGAAGUAACAGUUCCAUAGAGGGAGUUCCUCGAAGAAACUGAAGAAAUUGAAGUUCCUAAGGUACUUGCGACACGAGAAACGUCCGCAGGCAACACAGUCGACAGCACAGUGGUAUUUUCUAUGUCAUCCCAUCGCGUACAAAAAACACUGGACAAUUGAUACUUCUCAGCCGUGACCAUGCUCAGCCCGAAGAUGCAAAGAACCGUGAGGGUGAAUGAUUCCCAGCUCAUCAUGAUCUCGGAGAAAGCGCAGUACGACCAUUCCAUGACAGGAUAUUUGCAUAAGCGGACCGCCGACUCAGCUAAGUGGCAAUUACGAUGGUUCGUUUUGUAUCAGAAUUUGCUGUUCUAUUACGAGAACGAGCACUGUUCGAGGCCCAACGGCGUCAUUAUGUUGGAGGGAUGCUACUGCGAUCGUCUCAUCACCGCCAAAGGCAAAGAGCCUGACAAACAGCACUGUUUCACUAUAUCCUACAGGAAGGAAAAUCAGCGACAGUACGACUUGAAAGCAUCCACGGAGUCCGACUGCAAGACCUGGAUCGAUGCCAUUCGAGAAGCCAGUUUCAACAAAUUGCUGCUGCAGAAGGAGAAGCUCGAGCAGAAGCAUUUGCACCUGUUGCAGAUAAUUGAGAGCGAGAAGACGGAUAAAUCUCAAUAUGCAAGGCAAUGCGAGGAUUUAGCAUCGGAAGUGAAGAAGCUUCGCUCAGAGUUGCUCGCCAUGAAGGAAAAGCCAAGACUCGCGUCUGUAACCUACGCGGCGAGGCAGUGUGUACAAAGGGCAAUGUCCCAAGGCGGUGGAUCAGGAUCUUUGUUCGGUGACGGCGGCCAAGGAGUUUCAGGUUUUGGGCUGCAGGAUAUCACCGAGGGAUCGUUGGAGAUGCAGAAAAUUAAGAAAGUUCAGAGCUUUUUCAGAGGAUGGCUGUGUCGCAGGCGUUGGAAACAAAUCGUCGAGCAGUACAUCAAGAGCCCUCACGCGGAGAGCAUGAGGAAGCGAAACAGCCUGGUGUUUAAAAUGGUGGAGGCUGAGGAGGAGUACGCAGAACAGAUGGAGAUGCUAGUCACCUGUUUUCUAAGGCCUUUCAAGAUGGCUGCGAGUUCAAAGAAGCCUCCGUGCACUCACGAGGACGUGAAUAGUAUAUUUCUGAACAGCGAGACAGUAUUGUUCCUCCAUCAAAUAUUCCUGAAGGGUCUCACAUCUCGUAUGGAGAGUUGGCCCACGUUAGUUUUAGGUGAUUUGUUCGACAUGCUGCUACCAAUGUUGUCGAUUUAUCAAGAGUUCGUCCGCAAUCACCACUACAGUCUUCAGGUUUUGACUGAGUGCAAGCAAUCACCUUCGUUCGCUGCGUUGCUCACUAGAUUGGAGAACAAACCUGCUUGCGGUGGACGUUCCUUGGAGACAUUUUUAACAUAUCCUAUGAAUCAGGUUCCGAGAUACAUAAUCACUCUACACGAGCUUCUGGCUCACACUCCAUUCGAUCACGUGGAACGCAAGAGUCUGCAGAACGCGAGACAACAGUUGGAAGAUUUAUCGAAGCAAAUGAAUGACGAGGUGAGCGAAACCGAGAACCUGAGAAAGAAUCUAGCUGUGGAAAGAAUGAUCGUGGAGGGAUGUGACAUUUUACUGGAUGUCAACCAAGUUUUCGUCAGACAGGGUGCACUGGUCCAAAUCUUAGACAAGCCAAGGGGUGCUCGCAGUAGAUUGAGCGCAACAUUCGGAGGGAAAAGUAGCGGUGAUAAAGAAGCAGUCAGACAGUGCUUUCUAUUUUCCAAUCAUUUGUUACUAACAACGCGUCAGUCAGACGACGAUGGCCGCUUGAAUCUCGUCCCUCAAGUCGGAAAAAUACCCCUUAAUGAUGCAGUCCUAGUGGAAGACCCCAACGAACAGGGAACAGCGGAUGAUGACGAACUGUCAGUAUGUUCGAUGUCCAGCGGAAUCAGCGAGAGCAGCGGAAGUGGUAGCGGAAGUGCCAGUUCUCAGCUGCAGAACCGUGAUUUUAAGAUUAUAGUCGACUUGAAACCUGGUGGACCCCAAGCAACAGUGCACCUUGUUGCUCCUACUAUACAGGAAAAGGCUGCCUGGAUCAGCGACAUCAGCCAGUGCAUGGACAACGUGCACGUGAACGAUUACCUUCUUUGCGGCUCGCUGUCAGACACCAGCUCCGUCACGAUGCCACAGUCCAUGAAGAACGACCCGAAGCUGUUCAAAGACGACGUCGACAUUCGAUUCAGCAGGACUCUGAACUCAUGCAAGGUUCCUCACAUUCGAUCGGCCACGCCAGAGCGUCUACUCCAACGUCUGACCGAUUUGCGGUUCCUCAGCAUCGACUUCCUCAACACGUUUUUGUUGACGUAUCGAGUGUUCACCGAUGGCGUCACGGUCCUGGAAGCUCUGAAGAAUGUGUUCUACGAAGCUGAGCCACCUGACGCCGAGAUGCCCACUGGUUCUCUCGAAUCGUUGGACGUAUUAGGAGGAAACGCAGCGGAAACGCACCUGCACACUGACGAUCGACGGAGGUACAGCGUUUCACCGCGAAGGACAAGUGGCGCUAGUUCCGUGUCCGGUUACGGAUCCGAAAUAAGCGACUGCCGCGAUGUAAAAAGUUCCUGUGAUUUCACUGCAGGUGGAUAUACACUCAACCCAAAAGGUUACUGGCGUGGUGGAUAUAAAAAGGUGGACGAGGAAAAGCAACCACGUGUGAUCGCGGAGGCUUUGCCAAUAAUAAAACGCAGUCCUACUAUACAAUCAUCGACAGCGUCCACUGGAUCGUUGUCCCCAGCGACGCCACGGAAGAUCAGCAUCCAAGUGGAUCCGAAUAAGAAGGAAGAAGAGGAUAGUUCUCAUUUGACUAUACCAAAAGUCAUCGCUGUUUCAUCGAGUUCUGAAACUCUCACAGAUAAUACGGUAAUAAGUGCACCUUCCUCCCCGAGCAACUUAAGUUCCGUUACGUUGGUCGGAUCGACGGGAUCAGGAUCGAACUCUGGAUCCGAUCGAAGCCCGCAGGAGGGAGGCACCUAUUCCCGUGGAGUCUCUGAAGAGACUGUCACACCUGUUACAACAGAGGCGUCGAAAGAUGAUGUUCAGUUUACCUACGACGACUCGGACCCUGAGACACCUAAAAUAUCGAAAGGAGAGACUUCCGUGAAAACACCACUUACACCACAGCGUAAGGUCCCCCAGAAACCGGAAAAGGAAGCAGAAACCAGCAAGCAGGCGAAAGAGAAGGAGAAGAAAGCUUCAGGGGAGGGUGACACGGGUGUCUCGACUGCACAGCCUCAGUCUCCAAUGAAGAACCAUCAGAGACACUACCAGUCGCAUUAUGCUGAGCACAGAGCGUCCAUUGCAUCUGCUCCUGCGGCCACUGCGAGGAGCAGUUCGUUUUCCACGAUAACUGGAGUAUGUAAAAGUUACUGGGUAAGCAGGCGAUCCAUCCAAGAAACGGAAAUGUCCUCCCAGCAAGGGAACUUUCAGCACGAUCAAGUCACCGGCAAAGCGGGAGUAGUGAUAACCAGUUUUCGACAAAGUCAACGAAGCGUUGGACCUGAACCCAUCUGGAGCAGCACGUCGAAGGCUGCCACUGCGUUCGCCAUUGCGACAUCCGCGUCCAGCAAUCCUCCGGACAGAGAGAUCAAUGGAAACAAUCGCAGCGGUUCCUGUCGCGAUAAGAACAGACGAAAGGAAUCGGUGAUGUCGACAGCAGCCACCAUGCGAGUGCUGAACGUACUGAGGCACUGGGUCUCGAAACACGCCCAAGACUUCGAGUCCGAUCAGAGGCUGAAGAAUCUGACGAUCGAGUUCCUGGAGGACAUCGUCUACUGCCCUAAUCUGCUCCCAGCUGAACACAAAGCUGCGAGCCAGCUCCUCAGGCUCAUUACCAAGGAGGAACCUGAGACCAGCAAGGUGGACCUCAAGAAGCUUCUGGCUCCUCCGACAGUACAAAGCAAGGAGAGCAUCGAGACACUAUCUGCCCUUGAGAUCGCUGAACAAAUGACAUAUUUGGAUCACAAGAUCUUCAUAUCCAUUUCUAGCGAAGAACUUCUUGGUCAAGCAUGGAUGAAAACCGACAAGGCGACUCGAGCCCCCCAUAUUAUCCUAAUGACGAAAAGAUUCAACGAAGUCUCCCAGUUGGUCGUUUCGGAAAUCAUUCAACGUUCGAACUUGUCGGCAAGGGUCGCUGCGAUCGAGAAGUGGGCAGCAGUUGCGGAUAUCAGCAGGGUUCUGCACAAUUACAAUGGCGUACUACAAAUUUGCGCAGCCUUCACCAACAGUAGUGUCUUCAGACUGAAAAAGACUUGGGAAAAAGUUUCCAAAACGACGAAGCAGACUAUAGAAAGACUUCAGACGAUCGUCUCGUCGGACGGACGCUUCAGGAAUCUGAGGGAAGCCUUGCAUCGGUGUGAUCCGCCCUGUAUCCCUUAUUUAGGAUUGUACCUGACUGAUCUUUCCUUCAUAGAAGAGGGUACGCCAACAAUGACCGAGGACGGCCUUUUGAAUUUUUCAAAAAUGCGUAUGAUUGCUCACGUGAUCCGCGAGAUACGUCACUUCCAGCAAACGCCGUACAAGAUCGAACUAAUAACAAAGGUGUCGAACUACCUGCUGGACCCUUCGUUGCUCCUGAACGAGAAGGACCUGUACCGCAUGUCGCUGGAGAUCGAGCCGAGGACAUCCAGGCUAAGUAGUUCAACCUUAAUUAAUCUGCCAUCCUCCGUGAGCAACACGCCCACGAAAUGAAGAUAAACGUCAGGCUCCACGAAAUGGCGGACAUCUUGUGGUCAGCACAGUUUUGUUCCGGAUGGCGGCGUCUCCGAAGUUUCCAAUAGUUUGCGAGGUAAUCACGUGGAACGAUUAAAAUGGAACACCCGUUGGAGCGAAUGUACAACACGCGAAGUCAAGCGAAGCAGAUUUGUAGAGAAAUAGGGAUCAAUAUUAAAAGAAACUUUGUUACAACCAAGAAACCUUUUUAUUAUAUUGUAAGUUUGAAUUAGUAUUAAUCUGAUGCUAGAUUUUGAAAAUGUGUUAAAAGUCCUGACUUCAUUUUCGAUAGUUCCAUACUUCUUGAUCAAUGAAACUACUAGCUCUAUUAAAUGGAACUAGUGGAUAAUUUUUUAAUCAAUUUUAAGUGUGCAAAUCUACCUACAGAAGUAUUAAAAAUGAAGUCGGAGCUCUCAAUUAUUAACGAGCUUUCACAAAGUGACCCGGUGUAGUUCCACACAGACCUCCCAGCUUGAGCUAUUUGUUAUUCGAGUACAAAAUACGGAUAGAUCCUGAAGAGGCGAGAGAUGAAGGGACGUAGUAGCCAACCAACCCAGCGAGGAUCGCCUCUUGGUUGACUCUGAUCCGACUAUAACCAGUUAAGUGCAUGUUGCCAGUCCAGCACCCCGUUAGCCAGGUUUCAAGAGCUUUGGUCCAGAUAUGCUUUCGCCACUUCUGAACAGAUGUUAGAGGACUAGCUUAUUGCUGUUACAACGAUAACUUUUGCACCUACGCCAUAGCCGAGGCGUAACACGAACAAACGACACGACACAAUUUCCCUCUGCUCGCGAGAGCGCUGGUAGUGCUAAAUUUUUACGGCGACGAAUCUCUUUUAUCGACGAUAGUAAAAAUGUUCCGACAAUAAAUUCAUUUACCUGGUGAAGUGCGAUGUUAUUGUAACUCUAGUCUUGCGCGAGGAGCCUGAACGAGCUGGGAGCGAGUAAAACAGUGUCGUUCGCUCCAGUAAAAAAAGUAACUGAGGAAAUAACUGUUGGAUUAUUUUUUCUCUUGUGCUCGAUAGCUAUGUACGAUGGCUGCUGAGUCAGAAUAGGUUUCUGGUAGAGUGUGCGGUAUUUUAUGGUGAAGGAAAAGUAGAGAGGAUGGGUAGAAUGACGUGUUUGCGUUAGUGGCGUUGGUGGCGCCACUAGUUUGCGUUGGUGGCGCCACUGGUUUGCGUUGGUGGGGCCACUAGUUUGCGUUUUAUAGAGAAACCUUAGCUGUGCUACGCUACUAGCGCCAUAAGUUUGCAGCCUCGCCGCACGGUGGAACUAUUAUGCCGCCCAGUUUUACUGUAAAAAAAUACGUAAAAUUGGCUUCUUCUGCAUUUACUCUGUAGCGAAGUGUUACUCAGUUUUAAAGGCUCGUGCACCAUCUGCUUAAGAUGAAUUUUUUGCAAUUGAGGAAUUAAAUGGAGACACUUUUGAUCUAAUUUUAAUUUAAUGUAUAGUAUAAUAUAUCUAAUUAUCAUUGCUUUAAUAAAAUUCCAAGAUAUUCUGAAU